AUGCAGAACGAGCAAUUGGACGAGUACUCGAAGGGGCACGAGAUCUCAUCGCAAGAUGUUGAUACCGACAGCGAACAAAAGCAGGCGGAGGGUAGGAGCUAUGAUCCGACACAUGACAAUCGUGACAUGCGAAGGCUUGGCAAGAAACAAGAACUCAAGCGACGAUUCCGGUUCUUCUCCAUUGUUGGAUAUGUCAUCGUUCUCGGCUUGACAUGGGAGUUCUCCCUGACGACCAGCGUCUUCUCGCUCGCAAAUGGUGGCACUGCUGGCGCCAUUUGGCUCACGCUUGUUGUCACCAUUGGCAUGUUCUUCGUCAUGUUGUCAAUGGCCGAGCUCUCUUCCAUGGCACCGACCAGCGGUGGCCAGUAUCACUGGGUCUCUGAAUUUGCACCUGCCCACCUACAAAGGCCAUUGAGUUACGCAGUCGGAUGGCUGUGUGCACUGGGAUGGCAGGCAGCUAUGCCCACAGUUGCCUUUGUCGGAGCACAGCAGGUCGUUGCGCUGAUUGCGUUGGCUCAUCCAGGUUACCAUUACCAAGGAUGGCACGCUGCGCUCCUGACAAUGGCGUAUGUGCUUUCCGCCAUCUCCUUCAACACUUUCGCGAUCGGCAAGCUUCCAAUCCUGGAGGGUCUCGCAGUUUUCGUGCACAUUUUCGGGUUCUGCGCCUUUAUUGUGAUCAUGUGGGUUUUUGGCCCCAGAGAGUCCGCAGAAAUCACCUUUACACGCUUCAGCGACGGGUAUGUUUGA